AUGAAGAUACUAAAAACAAGUUUCAUUCUUCUGAGUCUCGCGGGGGUUUGGAAACCACGAGGAUGGCGUGGAAUCAAAGCUUUUAUCUACUACUUCUAUCAGUUUACCGUGGUGAUAUCCGACCAUAUGUUUAUAAUCUCCAGUAUUCUUGACCUGGAGUUCAAAAACGUCGAUCCAAGCGAGCUGUUUGACAAUUUAUCACUUCUUUUGGCCAUGACAAACGCAAGGCAGAAAAUGUCCUGCGUGAUCAUUGGUCGCGGUGCAAUAAAAUAUAUUAUUGACACACUGGAGAAAAGUCCUUUCAAAACUCGCAACAACAAAGAGGAAGUCAUCGCCAUGAAAUUCGACGGUUUAAUCAGGAACAUAUUUGUAUCUUACACGCUGACAACUAUCGGAGGAAUAUGGCUGUAUUCAGCAUCCCGUUCUGGUGUAUUAGAUCCACCACAUACUCUUCCAUACAAAGGAUGGUUUCCGUAUAACUACUCAAACCCGAUAGUAUAUUGGUUAACAGCAUCCUUUCAAUUGUAUGCAAUAAACACCGCUAAUGUGGUAGACUUGGUGCUGGACCUCCUGAUAUCCGCAAUAUUAUGCAGUAUGUGCGCACAAGUUCACAUUUUAAAAUAUAGAUUUAAAAUGAUGCUCGAAGAGCUAAAAGGCAUUACCAAUGAUACCGACUGUUCCGAUAUUGCAACCACGGAACGGUUGAUGAUUGCUGAUUGGGUCGAGUACCACAUAGACCUCAUUAACUUGAUUAAAUAUAUGAACAACGUAUUUUCGAACGUUAUAUUUCUGCAGUAUACCGUGAGUUCUGUUAUUCUCUGUACCUUGGCGUUUUUAAUGUCUCAUACAGACGCGAUGACUAUGACCUUCGCUGGAUACUUUGGAUUCUUAAUAACUAUUUAUUUUCAAGUGUUCCAACAGUGUUACUGCGCUCAUACUCUGACUUCUGAGGCAACUACGGGAAUUUAUGACGCAGAUUGGCCUAGUUUGAGCAACAAUAUUCGAAGAUCGGUGGUCAUUAUAAUGUGCAAAAGUUACAGGCCUAUUUUGAUAACCAGCAGUUUUUUUAUUAUUCUGUCUUUGGAGUCUUUUACUAAGAUUAUUAAACUUGCGUAUACUAUUUAUAAUGUAUUAUCAUAG